GGUGAUCGAUUCUUGGAUCAUUCGUAACUAUUCAUAUACGUAACUUGCGAGUAAGAUUCAAUGAGCAUAUAGCUAUUCCGUAAAAGCAAUACGCUCAUUGGAUAUCACUCGCAAAUUAUAAUAUAUACUCAACGAUUACGAAAAGUUAUGAAUGAUAUAUAUGAGAAAUUUUUUCCCAGGUAAUCUUCUCUAAUAACCUGUAAGAACGAAUAGAUGCGGACACAUAACUUACUUUACUGACAAAGAAAAUCGUUACUCAACUCUGAAAGAAUUGGUGCACUAUUUGUACAGUUAAUAAAAGCAUAAAGAUUUACUUUAGCUCCCACACAAGAGCCCUCCGUAUUGCAUCAAAGCACGAGCCUGUGAGGUAGUCACGUGGGAUUGUAAACGUGCACACGUAGGUCCUGCCUACAAGUUUCCCUUCCAGUUUCCCUCCCUUCCACUUCCCAUCACCCUUCCCAUUAUGGAGUUCUUAUUACUUUUGGAAACCCGAUCACUUUGGAAGCAUUGGAAAGAGAAAGAUAAAAGAGAAAGAGAAAGUGCAGAAGAGAUAACUAAUCAAUUAACACAUUGAUUGCUGGUCUAGUACUCGCGCACACGUGCAGUUUUGACACGUUAUUGUCGCGCGCUUUAAUUAACAAGGAAGUAACUUAAUUCCUUCAAUGGAGCCAUUAGUAAGAGUAGCGUUACUAAAUAUCAAAGGACAGGCGAGGCUAUUGCGUUCUCAAUCUCAGCGCAUUCAGUGCAGCAGAACACUCAUGUCUCAACAAGUAUUCGAUCGUGAAUCUAAAUACGGUGCACAUAAUUACCAUCCACUUCCGGUGGCUGUAUGUAAAGCCCAGGGUGUUUUUAUGUGGGAUGUCGAGGGUAAGCGGUAUUUCGAUUUUCUCAGCGCUUAUUCGGCAGUUAAUCAAGGUCAUUGCCAUCCGAGAAUCUACAAGGCGAUGAUUGAUCAAGCGAAGAAUUUGACUCUGACGUCUCGGGCAUUUUAUUCCGAUGUAUUAGGCGAAUUUGAAGAAUACAUCACAAAACUUUUCGGCUACGAUAAAUGGUUGCCGAUGAAUACGGGCGUGGAGGGUGGCGAGACGGCGUGCAAGUUGGCGCGCAGAUGGGGAUACAACAUCAAAGGUAUACCGCCAAACAAAGCUAAGAUAAUAUUCGCAGAGGGUAACUUUUGGGGGCGGACCAUGAGCGCAAUCUCCUCCAGCACCGACCCGACCAGCUACCAUGGCUUCGGGCCUUAUAUGCCGGGAUUUGAGAUCAUCCCCUACGAUGAUCUCAUGGCGCUCCAGAAAGUCCUCGCCGAUCCGAACGUUUGUGGCUUUAUGGUAGAACCUAUUCAGGGUGAAGCCGGUGUCGUAGUACCGAAGGAUGGAUACUUGAAGGGAAUCCGAGAACUCUGCUCCAAGCACAACGUCCUAUGGAUCGCGGACGAAGUGCAGACCGGCCUGGCGAGGACCGGAAAGCGACUCGCUGUCGAUCACGAGGCCGUGAAGCCGGACAUCCUGAUCCUUGGCAAGGCCUUGUCCGGAGGAUUCUAUCCGGUUUCCGGCGUGUUGGCCAACGAUUCCAUUAUGCUCACCAUCAAGCCCGGCGAGCACGGUUCGACCUACGGUGGCAAUCCUCUUGGCUGUAGAAUCGCACUCGAGGCACUCCGCGUUCUAGAGGAGGAACGACUGGCCGAGAACGCGGAGAAACUCGGUCACGUGUUCAGAAGCGAGCUCAAUAAGCUGCCGAAGGAAGUGGUCACCUUAGUGAGAGGGAAGGGUCUCUUGAACGCGAUCAAAUCGGGCAAGGGAAGAUUCUUAAGCUCCCAACAUGUGAUUGAUCGCGAUGAUAAGUACGGCGGUAUCCACUUUAAACCGCUACCGGUCGUUCUGGCCCGAGGGGAAGGUGUCUACUUGUGGGACAUCGAUGGAAAGCGCUACCUUGAUUUUCUGGCGGGAUUCUCGACCGUCAAUCAGGGCCACUGUCACCCGCGUUUAGUGAAAGUCAUGAGAGACCAAGCCGGUAAGCUGACGCAUACGUCGCGAGCUUUUUACUCGGAACCUCACGGCGAAUUGGGGGAAUACCUGACGAAAUUGCUCAAAUGGGACCGAUUUUUGCCUAUGAACACAGGCGUCGAAGGUGGCGAUACAGCUAUUAAAUUGGCCAGACGCUGGGGAUAUAGAGUGAAGAAAGUGCCAAGUGAAAAAGCUACCAUUGUAUUCGCGAAAGGAAACUUCUGGGGCCGUUCAUUAGCUGCUUUGUCAGCUUCGACGGAUCCGAACUGCUACACAGACUUCGGCCCUUACAUGCCGCUUUUCGAAAAAGUACCGUACAAUGAUCCGGUCGAGCUGGAGAAAAAGUUCCAGGAGAACCCGAAUAUCUGCGCGUUCAUGGUCGAACCUAUCCAAGGGGAAGCUGGAGUCAUCGUGCCUACCGAUGGUUAUCUGAAAUGCGUGAGGGAGUUGUGCACAAAAUACAACGUUUUGUGGAUCGCCGACGAAGUACAGACCGGUCUUUGCAGAACCGGCAUGCGUCUGGCGAUUGAUCACGAAGGUUGCAGACCGGAUAUUCUAAUUUUGGGGAAAGCGCUCUCCGGUGGAAUGUAUCCGGUUUCCGGUGUCCUUGCGGAUGAUCAGAUAAUGCUCUGCCUGCAAACGGGCUCGCACGGAAGUACUUUCGGCGGAAGUCCUCUCGGAAACCGGAUCGCUCUGGAAGCGGUUAAAAUCUUGGAAGAAGAGAACCUGGCCGAGAACGCGAAAAAACUCGGAAAAAUUCUGAAGGAAGAAUUAAGCAAAUUGCCGAAGGAUAUCGCGACGGAAUUUCGAGGACGCGGUCUCUUGGCUGGUCUCGUGAUCAAUAAAGAGUUUGCCGAGGGUUGGGAUAUCUGCCUGAGGCUAAGAGAUGCCGGUUUGUUAACAAGACCUGCGCAUGGCCAAAUCAUAAGAAUAUCGCCCCCAUUAACGAUCACGGAGGAGCAAUUGCGAGAGGGAAUAAACAUUCUCACGACGGUUCUAAAAAGUUACAAAUGAGGAACACGAUGUAUACUCCACGGCGAGCAAACGCGUCGAUCUUGUCCCGACGUUAUUUCCUACAGAAAAGCACCUUUAACGUCUCUCUCUCUCUCUCUCUCUCUCUGGAAUUCUUAGAUUU